AUGUCACAGCUCCCUUCUCUGAGCCUUCCAGACGCUUUAUUUAACGAUGAAACCUUGGACGAAGUUUGUGAAGUAGCAGCUGAACCUUCUGCAGUGCCAUCAGCGGGGCCGCCAGAUGGAAAAAAGGGCCCAGGACGCAGGUCCAAAUAUAUGAAUAUCCUUGACUUUGUUAAAAAGGCACCAAAGCAGAGUACUGGUGCACAGGCACCGACAUGCACACAACCCUUGAAGCCGUCUGUCUCUGCCUUUGAGCGUCCUCUAGCUAAGACAGAUUUAUCUUAUCCUCUACCGACUCAUGCUGUCUAUACUACCGUGGAGGAUAUAGAAGCCUUUUUCAGGCGGCUCUUCCAUGCUAAAACCCCACCGGAAAACCAACUGUCAUGUCUGGCUUCAUUCUAUCAAAACUGUGAAGACAAGCGAAAAUCCCAGCCAACAAAUGCCAUCAUGCAGCCACACAUAACUUUACGGAAAACCCUUCUAAAUAAUGACGUUGAUGUGGUCACUGCAAACAAGGUCAGGAGAGUCUUCUUCGGGUUUUUCGAGACCCCAGAGACCCUACGUGUCCUUGCAUCGUAUCCACCUGGCGCUGGUCUCCAGCUUCAGCAGUUUAUCAACGCAAAUACGCAGGGCGAGCUGAUCAUCCCGGCACAGAACGACGCCAAGAUGGUCAAGUACUAUGAGGAACGUGUCAGGUAUGUUCACCAGCGAAUUAAGGAACUACAGCGCUAUUACAACGAGGAAAAGCCCAACGAAGAGAAGGGUUUUACGAGAGGAGUUGCAAGCAUUUUCAUGCCAUCGCGUACAUUCUUUGGCCAUCACUGUAUCCAUGCUGUUUACUCACGAGUGGGUCCGUGUAGUCCGUUUGAAAUCGAAGAUGGAAUAGACUAUGAUUGUGAGACAUGCGGAUUUGACCAGUCCACCGAGGUGGAGGAGUCCUCUUCGGAGGGAAAUGACGAGAAUAACUCAGAGCUCCAGAACCUCAACCUUCCAGAGGAUUCGAUGGAUCAAUUAGAUCCCAGAGCCCACCGUGUUCUAGUUGGAGAUGACCUGGAAUCUUCAGAUGAUGGAGCUGCAGCGCCUGGAGCUACCGCUCGGUUUGCUGACAAGGAGCGGGCACUACGGCACGUGGCGAGACAUGCCAACAGAUUCACUUGGCCAGUUCCUACAUAUACUCCGGAUGCAGUCGCAGGAAUUAGAGCGUCUUACUCCAUCAACCCUGCAUUCUAUACUAGCUUUACCAGCAGCACCGCAGACCCUUCAUCUGCAACAAUUGCUGGAGGACACGAAAACGUCUAUGGAGUUGUUUUAAACACAGAGCAGGAUUUCAAAGUAUAUCAACCAAUCUUUCUCCAAUAUAGCUCGUCGUAA